GGCCACUUGGCCGCAGGGCUGGCUGCUGUCACACGCGCCCCGCGCCCAGCUCAGCGGUUCUGCCUUCUCCAGGCUCCCCGGCUCACCCCAACGCGCGGCUCACAUUUGUGCUCCGGAGCAGCGGGCACUGAGCAAGCUCCUCUACCUCCCCCCCACACACCCAAUCAGCCAUGGGCCCCCAGGCCACCUGCCCUGGCUGGGGCUACCUGUCUGGCCUCCAGGUGAGGACCUGGAUCGAGCCCGUGGUGGCCUCCACGCAGGUGGCCAGCUCCCUCUACGACGCAGGGCUGCUGCUGGUGCUGAAGGAGUCCUUAGGGGCCAGAGUCACCAACCACAGCGCCAGCCCGUCGCCCCGGGGGGCUCUGGAGGACCAGCAGCAGAAAGCCAUCUCCAACUUCUACAUCAUCUACAACGUGGUGACGGGCCUGACGCCCCUGCUGCCCGCCUACCUCCUGGGCUGGCUCAGCGACCGCUUCCACCGCAAGAUCUCCAUCUGCGUGGCCCUGCUGGGCAUCCUGCUGUGCCGCCUGGCGCUGCUGUUCAAGGUGCUGUGGGACUGGCCCGUGGAGGUGAUGUACGGGGCCGUGGCACUGAACGGACUCUGCGGAGGCCUCUCCGCCUACUGGGCCGGAGUCAUAUCCCUGGGCUCCCUUGGCUCCUCGGAGGGCCGCCGCUCGGUCCGCCUCAUCUUCAUCGACCUGAUCCUGGGCCUGGGGGGGUUCUGUGGGAGCAUGGCCUCCGGGCAUCUCUUCCAGCAGAUGUCUGAGAAGGCCUGGCAGGGCCUCGUGCUGACGGCCUGCAGCGUGAGCUGCGCCUCUUUCGCCCUCUUCUACAGCCUCUUGGUCCUGAAGGUCCCCAAGUCGGUGGCCAAGCCCCGAAAUGCACUCCCCGCGGUGGACACAGUGUCUGGCACGAUUGGCACAUAUCGCACCCUGGAUCCCGAUCAGCCAGACGCAUCCAGCAUGGCGGGGCAUCCUCUGUCUCCUGGGAAAGCGAAGCCCCCCAAAUCCAUGAUUGUCCUGCUCUUCCUGGGCGCCAUCAUGUACGACCUGGCCGUGGUGGGCACGGUGGACGUGAUGCCCCUGUUUGUGCUGAGGGCGCCUCUCAGUUGGAACCAGGUGCAGGUGGGCUACGGGAUGGCCGCGGGGUACAUCAUCUUCAUCACCAGCUUCCUGGGCGUCCUGGUCUUCUCCCGCUGCUUCCGGGACACCACCAUGAUCAUGAUCGGGAUGGUCUCCUUUGGAUCGGGAGCUCUCCUGCUGAGUUUUGUGAAAGAGACGUACAUGUUCUACAUUGCUCGAGGCAUCAUGCUGUUUGCUCUCAUCCCCAUCACAACCAUUCGGUCAGCAAUGUCCAAACUCAUCAAGGACUCCUCGUAUGGAAAGGUGUUCGUCAUGCUGCAACUGUUCCUGACUCUGACCUGGGUGGUGACAUCCACGAUGUAUAAUAAGAUCUAUCAGGUCACCAUGGAAAAGUUUGUUGGCACCUGCUUUGCUCUCUCCUCCUUUCUCUCCUUCCUGGCCAUCGUUCCAAUUGGCAUCGUGGCCUAUAAACAAGCCUCAUGGUUGAAACAUGCAGACAUCACAGAGACAAAAAGGUGCUGAUUCACAGGAGCUGCAAACACCAGCAAUGGCCAGAUCCCUCUGAAGACAAAGAGAGGGACCAGGAACUGGUGACCUACUGCUGAGAAACCCGAGUUCCAGCCAGUCAGCCUCGGAUGACCUGCUCUGGCUCAGGGGUCCCUGGUGGGUGGGAAAUGCACUUUCCUGGUGAUAGAAGACCUGUCUCAGUUUUCAGACACCCCUGACAGGCAGAGGUUAGGUUCUGUGGGCAGUAGAAUAUGAACUUCAAUGUUAAAUGCAAACUGCACACAGAGCCAUACCAGACUCUGCAAGGAGCUUCAGGCAGCAGCCUCUUUUCUUCCAGAAAUUGUCUUCUGGGCUCCAAGGUAUAGCUUAUUAGUCACCUGGGUGCAGUGCUAGGAGUCCUAUGUGAGAAUUCAAACCAAACCGCUUCCAGCAACUCCUCAAACCAAAGCGUGCAUUUUCAACAGCCUGAGGGGAUUGUCGAAGGGAUGCUUUGUAAGAACUGCCAAUAGUGAACACCAGUCAAUAUUUUUUAAAUGAAAAUAAAACCUUGGAUAAAA